AUGACUAAUCGUACUUUGAGAAAAAGAAUUGGGAUAUAUGUGCUAGUCCCACUUUUACUUGGAAUAAUUUUGAUUUCACUUGCAAGCUCAAUCCCACUCUAUGUAAAGGUCCCAAAGUUAAUAAAUGAUGUAGUUGAUAAUAUAAGUGAUGACCAAAACGACAUUAUGGAAACCACAAGUAUUGUAGCAGCCUCUGUAGUCAGUAUUAUGCUACAAAAACAAAUCAACAUACUAAUUAUUAUGAAAACCCUUAUGGAUAAAUAUUACAACAAAAACCUUUCAAUUAAAGAAAAUUGGGUUGGGAACAAAUCUUAUGUUAAUGCAUAUAAGCUUGCACAGACACUUACAGCAAACAAUUCAUGAGGGAGAAAUUUUGAAACUUCAAUGUGAUAUUUAGGUCAAAAAAUCACAGAAGAAGAUCAAUUAGAUGCUGAUAGUAAAGAAUAUUUAUAUGAUCAAACUAUAUUUGAUUCAUUUUUAAGACCAGUUGGCCAGAUUGAUAAAAUAAACAAUGAAGUUUACACGGCUUAUGAUUCCAACGGCUUUUUUUAUUAUAUUCCAUCGAGUUAUCAACAGUUUUUUUUAAGCAACAGCACAAACUGUUACAAUGCUACAGGAUUUGAACCAAGAUGUAGGCCAUGAUAUGCAGCUGUUAGAUCAAGCAAUUACCAUGAAGAAGUUAUAUUGACUCUUCCAUAUCUAUUUGCGGAAACCAACACUUUGGGGCAAACCGCUUGUGAUGGGUUUUGGAGCUCAAAUAUUAAUUUAUAUCAAGCCACUUGUUUAGACUACAAACUUGACAAGGAGCAGGUCAGCAAUCUUCCGGAAAAUUCCUACGCUUUUAUUUUGGAUGACAACUUAAAGGUGUUUUACCAUCCAAAAUUAAAUAGGAGUGACUCAAAUGUAUAUAGAAUAUCAGACCUUGAAUUCGGACUUGACGAUUAUUCCAACAAAAACAGUGAGCUCAACAAAUUUGAGUCAAAAAUUCUUCCUCUUUUCGAAGCAAAUAUCUCACAAGUAAGUCAUUAUACAAACCACGGAGAAAGCAUGUAACUUCCAAUUAGACUUAUUGGAGUAUCUCCUGUAUUUUUAAAAACUCAGCUCUACUCCUCCCCUACAAAAUAUUACUCAAUAGGAAUUGCGUUAAAAGAUGAAAAAAUAAAGGCAAGACUUCUAGAUCUCCGAACAUCGAUUCAGCAUAUGAUAAUUUACGAGGGAGUUUUUUAUUCGUUUUUUGUCAUUAUUGUUGGAGUUAUUGGAAUUUUGUAAGAGACAUGUAGUUCUUCAAGAGUGAUAUCUCGGUCAAUUACAGAGCCUCUUGAUGAAUUAUCGAAAAUUAUUGAUAGACUUCUGGUUGAAGAUUUAGAAGUGAAAAUCCCUGAUAAAGAAGAAUAUACAGAACUGAUACAGAGGCUUUUUAAAGUGUUUAAAGGUUUGAAGACUGUGCUGAGGUUUAGAAAGCAAGGAGGGGUAAUUGGAAAUGAAGCAGAAAUGCUGAUUCAGUAUGCUGAUUCUUUUACAUUAUUUAAUCAGUAUUAUAAUUUGAGAGGAAUGGAAAUAUGCAUGAGCAGGAUCGCAUAUAUUCAUUAUAGUAAUAAAAGAUAUGUGGAAGCACAGGAAGCGAUGCAGAUGGCACUAGCUAUAACUGUUAAAAUGCAGCAAAAAUUGAGCCCUUCUUAUAUAAAGAUGGUCAAGAAGUUAAAAGAACAGUUGGCUGAUAUAUUAAUAGACUCAUCAUUAGAAACAAAAAACAAGCACUGGCCUACAAUUAUUUCUCUAUUAAGUGACUUGGAAAAUUCUUCAAACACAAGAAUAAAGCUUAAACUCAGUUUAGCUCUAGCGAAAGGUGGAAAAAUUAGUGAAGCUCAAGAAAAACUAGCUCCCAUAGAAGAAGAGCUUGAUGAAAACUCCCCAUAUGCCGAAAUGUUCUUAUACUUAAAAGGAGUUCUAUUAAGCUCAGUCAAAAAAUUCAGAUCUGCAGCUCUCAUUUUCAAGCAGUGCUUGGAAUUAAAUUCCCACUAUGAUCCAUGAGUAAGAAAAGCAUGCUUAAUUGAACUGAAAAAUAUUUUCAUAAAUGCUGGAAUAAAAAAAGAUAAAGUUAAAAGAAAACUUAAAUGAGACAAAAAUUUUGUUAAAGAAGUCGUUCUUUUGCAUGAUUACGGAAUAACGAUAAAAGGACCUAAAAAUUUGAGAGCGCUGAAAUGCUUUUCAACUAUGAUUGAUUCGCUGUCAAACAACGAUAAAGUAAGCUUUGUAUUAUCUUCAAAACUCCCAGAAAUUGUAUUUAAACUCAGUUUGGCUUCAAAAAACACAGCUUAUAUGAAAAAUGCAAUUAUGGCUUGUGACUCCCCACAUGGGAGCUCGUGUAUAUAUGAUGGAAUUUCUGCAGCAAUAAUGCAAUUUAAUUCUACUGAUGUCGAAAAAGAGGGGUGUUUUGUGUUUGAUGAAAAAAAGCAUUCAAAAGCUAUUCCAAUAAGAUGAAUUAUAGCAGUGUCGAAUGGCGAAGAUUUUUCUAAAAAGCAUAAUCCUAAAACCAUUAGAAAUUUACUUAUCGCAUAUAAAUGUGGGCUAGUAAUUAUUGGGUUUUCUUUAAAAGAUCAGCUAAAAAACGAUCUUUUAAAUCUAUGUGACUCAAUUCCAAAUGGCUACUUUAUUGAUUGCAAGUCUAAUAGAAUAGCAGAAGCAUUUCAGGAAGCAAUUGAAGCUAUCACCGCAGAAAACAUCAUUUUGCCAUUCUAA